CCGAGACCUACCACGAAGCCGUGGACAUACACGCAUUUUUUCUCAUCUGCAAGCGAUCGAGGAGGCCGGCCUACGCAUCACACGUUUCGUACUCCACGUCCGGCGAAGCUAAGAUUGAUGAGGCCCGACGCCGGCGCCGCGGGGAGCAUGGCGUCCAUGGAGUGGGAGCCCAAGGCGCUGUCCCUCCACGAGCUCAAGUACGCGAGGGAGGCGGCGCUGUACGUCCUGAGAACGCACUCCUUCGAGGACGCCGUCCGGAUCUUCACCGAGGGUCUCAAGCCGGUGCUGGGCGUCAGGAGGGAUUCCAUGGCCGACUCCGACGAGGACGACGACCAGGGUGAUGAUGACUAUGACAUGUUCAAUCCAUACGCGUUUCUUGACGAUGACGGUAUCUGCUGCCACCACCAGUACGGACGCACCGCCGAGGAACGAGAUGUUGCUACCGCACCCUUCUAAUUAGCUUUACACACCACCUAUUAACUAGCUUAGAUCACUUGCAAAUAUAUAUAUGAUUUUUUUGUAAUAUGUAUACGAUUUUUUGAUAGAAGUGGUAGUUACUUUCUCCCGAUUCGAGUAGGCAUUCUUUACAGGUUCGGAAAGGCAUGUAAUGUAGAACUAUGAAGAUUUUAGAGAUCGAGAUAGCGCGAUUUCUGAGUAGAGAUUUUUAUGGAAACAGUGUUAUUUAUUGAUGAUGUAAACUACUCCUACUCCCUCCGUUCCUAAAUAUCUCUCUUUCUAGAGAUUAUAAUAGAAACUACAUACGAAUGUACAUAGACA